AUGGUGCUGCUCGCAAUGUUGCCAAAGAGGUGGGGUGGUGAAGUUGGAGUUUAUGGUGCUGCUCGCAAUGUUGCCAAAGAGGGUCCUGCCACUGUCACUGCUGCCCGUGUCACUGCUGCUCCCCGCCCUCCCAUGCAGCGCUCUCAAAUCUUGGUCGUCACGCACAAGUCCCUGCUGAGAGCGCUUCCGUUCACUGCCCUUGGCAUGGGCCCUGACAAGAGGGCUGGUGGUGAGUGUGUUGAGUUUGAGGUGCCUCCUGUCUCCCUGCCAGACCCCAAUAGACCCCUUCCUUGCUCUCAUUCCCCUCCAUUUCUUUUCCUCCCUACUCUUUCCCUGCCAGAGCCCUUCCUUGCUCUCAUUCCCCUCCAUUUCUUUUCCUCCCUCCUCUUUCCCUGCCAGACCCCUUCCUUGCUCUCAUUCCCCUCCAUUUCUUUUCCUCCCUCCUCUUUCCCUGCCAGACCCCUUCCUUGCUCUCAUUCCCCUCCAUUUCUUUUCCUCCCUCCUCUUUCCCUGCCAGACCCCUUCCUUGCUCUCAUUCCCCUCCAUUUCUUUUCCUCCCCCCUCUUUCCCUGCCAGACCCCUUCCUUGCUCUCAUUCCCCUCCAUUUCUUUUCCUCCCUCCUCUUUCCCUGCCAGACCCCUUCCUUGCUCUCAUUCCCCUCCAUUUCUUUUCCUCCCUCCUCUUUCCCUGCCAGACCCCUUCCUUGCUCUCAUUCCCCUCCAUUUCAAUCCCUUCUUGUGUCCUGCCGGUUCUGUUCCCUCAUUCCCUUACCUCACCGUUUCCAUUCCCCCACUUUCUUUUACCCCGCCCUCGUUUCCCUCCUAA